AUUCUGGUUUAACACUUUGGUUGCCAUCAGAAAAUUAAAUAUACGGUAGAAUGGAUUCCGCUGAUACAGAUUUAAAAAAGACAUUUGAUAUAAAGCAGAUGGCCUUAAUCAACAAGAUACAUAAUAUGCAUUGGCUACAAAGUAAUUCUCAGUUAUCAGGCCACGCAAAAACACUUCCAGGUGGAAAAGAAAUCAUAAACCAUACAUUCAACAGUAAAAUAAAUGAAGGAACAAAAGAAAAAACUGAAGUUGUUUCAACUAACACUCUAUCAGACACUCCUGAAUUAGAUAAAAUUGAUUCUAUUUUAAAUAAAGAUAUAAAUGAAAAUAAUAAUUCUAUAAGCAAAGAUACACUUCAAUCAUCUUCAAAAAUUAUUGAUUUUCCUCAACAAGAUAUGGAGACUGUUUGGAACAAAGAUGUUAACGUAACUAAUGCAAUGUUCCCAAAUUCUCAAUCUUUAGUAAUGCAAAGGCUGGAUAAGCAAGAGAUGAUUGGUAUGUCUUUGACAGAGAAUGUUGUUACAGUUCAGUUAGAACAAUUUAGAAUUAAUGAAGAGGAAAACAAUAAAUCUGACGAAUUGCAUAAUGAAGUUGAUAAUGAAUGGGAUAAUGGACAGCAUAAUAUAUCAAACUUACCAAAGUCAAACAGUGAAGUAGGUAAUCAGGUAAGCUCAAAACAGUGUCAUGACAACAAUAAUAAUAAUGAAAGAUCUAAAAGUCAGUCUCCACUGGAAACAAAAAAAAGUAUACAAAAAACAACUACAAAAAUUAGUACUAAAAAAUUGAAUGAUCAAAAAGUUAAAAAACAAGCAGGUAGUUCUUUAAAGGAAUCUUGGAUCCCUUCAAAACAGGGUUCUAAAUCUAAAGAUGAUUUAUUAAAUUUAUGUAAUGAUAAUAAUCUAACUUCAACUUCUCUGGAUUCAAAAAAGGUAGCUGUAGGAACAACACCUAAGCUUAUUGAUAAAUAUAGUAAAGUCAAUAAUUAUAAUAAAAAUUUAAUCAUGGGAAAGGGGACACGAAUGAAGGAGCAACAAUUUUUUAAGCAACAUUUUUCUACAUUUAAUGAUAAUGGUAAUAGAAGUAGAUCCUCCACGGAAGGAUUAGAUGAGAAAAGUAAAUCUGUUGCAACUAAAUUAAAACCAACUAGAACUGAAUCAGACAAAAAAAGUAAUGAAGUAGAUGAUAUUAAAAAAUGUCAUAAGGUUCAAGUAAUGCAUACUCAAUCGUAUAAUGUCCAAUAUAAUAGAAAUAAAUCUGUAAUAAAAUCACACCAACGAUAUUCAAGAAAUGCAACCAAGACAGAAGAGAAUAGUUGUAUUACUAAUCCAUCUGGUUUCAAUGACAGUAUUAAUGUGUCUAAUUCUACUGAGAAUAUAUCACAGAAGAAAUGUGAAAACCAACAAUCCUUAAUAAAUAAGCAAAUUAGCAAUACACAAUCCAGUCAGAGCACUUCGGGAAAAAAUACAAAGAAUUCAAUUGUUACAGAAUGCAGUAUGAAUGAAAAAAAUUCAGUAAGAAUAAAGUCAAGUUCUGUAUCAUGCAAAAGAAGUUAUCAAAAUUUAUCUAAUACAAAGAACAACACUGAAAGAAAUAUUAAAGAUGAUCAGACAUAUGCACAGAAAUUUAAAAAAGAUUCUAAUGUUUAUAGGCGAUCAUCUGGUAUUCUUCAGACAUGCUUCAAAGAUAUUAAUGGAAGAGCGAAAACAGACGAUCAGAAAAGAAAUAUUACAGAAAAUAAUUUAACAAAAGAUUAUAGAAUAAAUCGUAUUAGUUCAGUAGAUACAAAAAUGCGUUCUCAAUCUGAAGGCUCAAAAAUAACUGUAUACUCACAUAAGACAAGUAACGGUGCUAGUAAUAUAAAGACUGAUACAUUAGAUUCAACUGCUGUAAAUAAUGUACAGUCUAUAAAAUCAUUAAAUUCUUUUUCGAGUAGUACCAAAGAUUGCACAAUUAUACAUACAUCUACUCAUACACCACAAGAAUCACAGAUUUCGCAAGCUUCUUGUAAUGAAACUGAAGUACAAUUUGUGAAGACUGAACAAGAAGAUACUAGUAAUAAUAAUAGCAAUAAUAAAACAACUAGUAAUUCCGAAACGAAAUCAGUUAAAUUUUUGGAUAACAUUCAGGAAUUUAAUAUGCCACAUCAUUCUGCAACAUCAUAUUCUGAUAAUUCUAUACAUCAAAACAAGCUUCCAGCAAAUGCAUUUUAUUCUGAUUUACAAAAUGUAUCACACACAAGUAAUACUCAACAAAUUGAAAACUACCAAAAUGUACAAAAUAAAAGUUAUUUCGAUAAUAAUAAUGCUCAAUAUAAUAAUACAACUACCAGCAAUCAGAAUACUGAACGAGAUUUACAUCUAAUGGAUUUAGUGCAACAGAAAUCAGAGCAAACUUCACAUGCAUCACCACAUAGUAUAUUACAACACAAUUCCAGUCCAGUUAUUGGCAUGGGAAAUGGUUUACCUUACCAGAAUAUGCCUGGUGUCUAUCUAAAUCAGUAUAAUAAUGCACAAACUAUACCAAGAAAAACAGCUGACAGUACAAUUAUUUCACAAAAUGCAUUAAUUCCAAGUACCUCAUCUUAUACAGUAGAAAAUCAGAAUAUCUUGCAAACUGACCCUUCCAAUAUUUUAAUGCAUACUACUCAAACAUCAGUUCUACCACCACCGGGUUUUCAUAAUCAUCCUAUAACUACGCAACAUAAUCAGUGGAAUUUACCACCUCAAGAUAUGUUUCUUUUUGGAAAUGUGAUGAAUCCUGCGCAUUCUCUGAACAUUCCAAUUCAGAAUUCCAGGCACAUGUGUAAUGCGGAUUUCAACAACAUUCAACAAACGAGUUACGUACAACAGCCGUUAUUUUAUGUUCCACCAUUGUGCAUGCAAAGCUGGAAUCCAAUGGUACAAUAUCCAGCACCUUUAUUCCAAAAUUCUCCAUACAGCAAUUGCAAUACAUUUCCUAAUCAAGUAUUACCAGCAAAUAGUUUGACGAACUCUAUGAAUUGUCCUGUAUCGACGUCUAUGCAGAACAAUUUGUAUAAACAUUUCCAGCAGAUGCAACCUUUGGAAAAUGCUUCAAGCUUCUCUGUUCCUGUAAAACUUGACAAUUAUAUGGGAACUAUGCAAGGUUCGAAAACAAAUAACAGGAUGAAGGAUAAUACUAUGGACGUUCACAUGAGAGCUAGUCAGUAUCGAGCACCUGUGCCAAAUGAAUAUCAAAACUGUUCUCAAGACAGUCAACUAAUGGUACCAUUCUCGUAUCCGGUUACCAUGGAUCCCAUUGCAAGGAAUGGUUCAUCGAAUAUGCACAUGCAGAUGAAUCAUAAGUACGCGCCACGCGCACUUAAUAGCGGUUAUCAAAGAAUUCCGGAAACCGGUCAUGUGUUUCAUAAUAAUCAGGACUGUAACAACAGAAAUGACGACGUAUCGAAAAAUGAUUCCGAGUGUAUACCUCCUAUGGUGUCACCAAGGGAAUGUAUGUAUUACGGAGUUAGUUAUCCACGAAAGACUAAUACAAUUCAAAAUUCAACUGUACGGUCAGAUGUAAAACCCGUAACUUACAACAUGCACUCUGUUAACACGCAACAUUACGUCCCUCACUUUCAAAAGAAUACAGCUUACCAUGGAUCACAAAAAGAGCUUUCAUCUAGGCUAAAUAUGGGACGUAGCGUGCGUAAAAUGAUGGAUCAAUAAGCCUAGGAAAACGGCUAGCAACAAUACCAUACAUAUACAUUUAUUUCUUGUUUUUGGCAGAUAAUUGCAGUU